AUGUCGUUUCCAGAAGUUGAAAAAUCUAAAUACUUCGGAUCCACUAUAACCUCAAUGAAUGAGCGACAUGUGGAAAUAGACCAGCGUAUAGCAAGCUUGAGACUAGAAUCAAUAAAACCAUUAUCUUACCUACAUCUUUAUGGAUGCGAAACUUAA